GGCAGUCCACCAAUCACCGGACAGAACUGGUCCGGUGGACUGGUGCUCAGCCAAUAGGCUGCGGAGUGGGCGGGAGUUCCGUGCUGGGCGGUGGGGUAAGGGUGAGUAGUGUGGCGGCGCAAGCUGGCGUGUGUUUGAUGCGAUAGCUGAGAUUGAUAGCGCUCGGGCAGACGCGCCGUGCGGUAUUGCACUGUUUGCAUCCGAAAGCGAUCUUGCAUCCUCGGCUCUUCAUUUUCCUUCAUGCAUCUUUCGCACCUACAGGUCGAGGAGUGGUUCCUGCAGCUGCUACCCCUUCUCGGUGGAGUAUCUGAGAAACUCACUGCAACCUGAAUGGAUGGACAUGGGGAAAACAGGCUUUUGCUACCCCGGGGCUGAACGGCCCGCCGCAGCCUUCACCUUCUUGCUGCUUUUCAUUUCGACGUUCGCCAACACAGGGUACUGCCAGCAGCAGUAUCAGUGCAGGAUUCAGAAGUGUACGACCGAUUUCGUGACCCUCACGUCGCAUCUGAACACCGCUCUUAAUGCAUUUGCCUCCGAGUUCUGCAUUGCCCUGCGGGCUUACGCCCUGUGCACGGAGCGGACAGCCAAAGCGUGCCGGGGCAACCUGGCUUUCCACUCGGCCACGCUGGGCAUCAGCGACUUGAUGAGCCAGAGGAACUGCUCGCGGGAGGGCCCCACGUCCAUCGCGGCCCAGGACCUCGUACCCGUCAGUCACAACAUCGGCUUCUGCGACUACGACAACCGGGCGGCGGCGGCGGCGAGCACCGAGCUGCGGGCUGCCCGCCGCCGCUACGUCUUCUGCGGCUUGUUCGGCGACCCGCACCUCAGGACUUUCCGGGAUCACUUCCAGACUUGCAAAGUGGAGGGAGCCUGGCCCCUCAUUGAUAACGACUACUUGUCAGUGCAAGUAACCAACGUCCCUGUUGUGCAGGGAUCCAGCGCUACAGCCACCAACAAGAUAACCAUCAUUUUCAAAACCUAUCAUGACUGUACCGAUCAGAAGGUUUACCAAGCCAUGACUGAUGAUCUGCCUGCAGCGUUCAUAGACGGUACAACAGUGGGAAAUGGCUGGAUAAAGACUCUGUGGAUAGUGGAGAAAGCCAUUGGCAAACACGUGGAGGUGCACGCAAAAUACAUAGGAAUGACGGUAAUCGUGCGGCAGGUGGGGCAUUACUUAACAUUCGCUCUGAGGAUGCCUGAGGAAUUGGCGCUGAAUGAGGACGACAGCCAGGGACUGCAGCUUUGUGCUCGUGGCUGCCCCAUGAAUGAGCGCAUCGACGAAGGUGGCCACCUCCCUCUACCGGCCAGUAGUCAAAGCCAUCCACACCACCCCCCGGCCCAGCCUAAAGCUGCUUACACAUUAGAGAGCGCAACCGCUAAAUGCCAUGAGAAAAUCCAAGUAAAGGACGUCUAUUUUCACUCCUGUGUUUUUGACCUACUGACAACCGGAGAUGCAAACUUUACAGCUGCAGCUUAUAGUGCACUCCAAGACCUGGAGACAUUGCAUCCAAAGAGAGAACGGUGGCAUAUUUUCCCCAGGGGUAACAAAGUUGCCCAGAACACUGGUGUAUUAUUUAACAUUUACGUUGGACUGUUUUCCUUUAUUGUGAUUGUGUUUUUGUAGGUUUUUUUAGUUUACAUAAAUAUUAAAUAUAUAUUGUUAUAAUAUAUUCAGAAAAGUAUAUAUGUAUAUACAGUAUAUAUGACAGGAUGGCAAUCCUGAGCAAACAAGACUGUACAUAUUGUGUAAUUUGUUGUGUAAGUUCAUACAAAUGCAGUUGUAGUAUUAUAUACUUUUUUUGUUGAAAGUUACUUUGCAAGUUGUGAGUUGAUGGCCCUACAGUUAGGGUCUGUUGUUACAAAGGGCACUUUAUGUUUCUACUUAUUGAUACUUAAAAUAGCUGCCGGUAAAGGUGUUCAUAGCUGUCAGAGUUCGAUAUUCAGUCUCCGAAGGUUUACCAGUUAUGCUUCUUGGUUUCAAAAUGGAUAACUGUUUGUAUAAGCGGUGAUUGUCUAAGUAUGUAAAUAGUUAACUUAUUUAUAAACAAAAUGUCCUGCUAGAAAAACAGAGCAGAUUCUGUGCUAUUUCUGAUGUUCGCUCUGCUGUGUUAGUGGUGCCACCUAGUGGAUUGCACUUGAGUUACUUCAGUGUUCAGGUGACCAGUGAUUACAAAAUCUUAAUUUGUGACUAUUAAACAAAAGGUCUUAAAUACCUUUUAUAUUGUGAUGUGUUAGUUAUCCUUUUCAAUCACUGCCCCACAGAACCUCCUUUCAAACCUUUGUUAGAAAUUCUAAACAAAAAAAAAACUCAAAGUUUUCAUUCCAAGCCCGUAAAUUUUUUUUCUAGGUACUUCCACAAUAAUUGUCUCUUCAAGUUUCAAUAGUAAUGGAAGAUCUAGUUUUGUUAAAUCUUUAUACUCCUUCGUCUUUUAAGGUUCAGCUGGUGAAAAUGUUGCUUUCAGGCUUUAACUGGUCUGUUUUUAACUAGUUAAGAGUAUCGUGCUUUAUUUUCAUGUGUCUGAUUCCUCGCUGAUGUGUUUUUGAAUGAGGAAAUGCAAGUUAUUCACCCCUGCCCUUCACAUUUACAGCACUUUCUCCUUAUUCAUUCUGGCCCUGUUGGCAAACAGUACAGUGAAACUCCGGUAAAUUGCCCCAAUGGUUUCUCAAAUUCACAAGCUUUGAUCUUGCUAAGUAAAAGUCAGCUAAUGUGUGAAUUGUUCUCAUCAAAAUUGCAUAAACUGUGGAAAUAAUCUUGCCAAUGUCUACGGAUAGUUUAAUUCAACUCUAACUGAGGCGAUCAAAAGUGUGCUCUGUAUAGGUGCUGAAUUUUCCAGGUAGCACCUUCCAACUAACAAUUUGCCAUCCUGUCAGUGUGUAAGAUAAAGUAUCCACCUCCAAAGAUGACAACCAGUCACCUAGUCUUAUUUCAGGAAGGGUCUGUCAACUAUUUUCUAACAGAUCUAUUCAUACAUGGUGUUGGAAUUAUUUAUUUUCAAAUUGGUGACAGUAAAUACUUGAGUAAAUCCCCACACCUCCUCAUAAAGGUGUGCUUACACAAGGUGAACUUAUCAAUGGGGCCUACGAGUUGUGAGUGUUUAUUAUGUAGCUGCUAACUGAACUGGAAACUGCACUAUAACUUAGCAUAUUUAUCAUGGUAAAAGGAUGUAUUUUCUCUUCAGAACAAGGUAUGGAAGUUAUCAGUCAGAUACUGAGUCAUUGUUGAGCCCCUAAUGUUUUAUGCCUGACUUCUCUUUUGUGAUAAAAUUCUGGUCCUGCUAGUGAGGUUGAGCAAUUUCACUUGUGUACCACCUGAUUUUGUACUUGCCCUCCCUUAGUCUUUCAGAGUUGAAGUUUGUGUAUUCAAGUCAAACAUGCAUUAAAGUUCUGUUAGGAAGUGUG